AUGUUUGGUAUCAUGUGUGAAACUGACUUCCUUUCUUUCCCUUACAGAUGUACUUUUCGAUUCCCUAGCACGGUUAUAAAGAUCCAGUUCACAUCUUUAUACCAUAAAGAGGAAGCAAAAGAGGAAGCUUCAUCACCUCCCCUUCGGCCACUUUAUCCUCAAAUAUCGCCUCUGAAGAUCCACAUCCCGGAGCCGGAUCUCCGGAGUGUGGUCAGUCCCCUCCCGUCCCCCACAGGCACUAUCAGUGUUCCCAACUCUUGCCCGGCCAGUCCACGUGGUGCUGGAUCCUCAGGAUACCGUUUUGUUCACAACAUUACCUCGGAUCUGCAGCUGGCAGCAGAGUAUGCUGCAAAAGCAGCAUCAGAACAGCAGGCAGAUGCAUCUGGCGGGGACAGCCCAAAGGAUGAAUCAAAGCCACCGUAUUCUUAUGCUCAGCUAAUUGUGCAGGCUAUAUCUUCAGCACAGGACAGGCAAUUAACACUAAGUGGGAUCUAUGCCCACAUUACCAAGCAUUAUCCAUAUUACAGGACUGCUGACAAAGGCUGGCAGAAUUCCAUUCGGCAUAACCUCUCCUUGAACCGUUACUUUAUUAAAGUCCCACGCUCCCAGGAGGAACCUGGAAAGGGCUCCUUUUGGCGAAUUGACCCUGCCUCUGAAGUCAAACUAGUAGAGCAAGCAUUUAGAAAACGAAGGCAAAGAGGAGUGUCCUGCUUCCGAACGCCUUUUGGGCCUCUCUCCUCCAGGAGUGCUCCUGCCUCCCCUACUCACCCUGGCCUGCUGUCCCCCCACUCUAGUGGCCUACAGACUCCAGAGUGCCUGUCACGGGAGGGCUCACCUAUUCCACAUGAUCACGACUUUGGGUCAAAGUUAGCCUCAGUUCCAGAGUAUCGGUAUUCACAGAGUGCACCUGGAUCUCCAGUCAGUGCCCAGCCAGUGAUUAUGGCUGUUCCUCCCCGACCGUCUACUCUGGUGGCAAAACCAGUCGCGUACAUGCCAGCAUCAAUAGUGACUUCUCAACAGCCUUCGUGUCAUGCAAUUCACGUAGUUCAACAAGCUCCCACUGUUACAAUGGUCCGAGUUGUGACCUCCUCUGCAAACUCUGCAAAUGGAUACAUCCUCACAAAUCAGGGCACAGCAGGAGGAGCUCAUGAAGCUGCAGGAGCAGUGUUGGACUUAGCUGGUGACCACCGAGCAGGCAUGGAUGAAAAGCCGACGAUUGCAUUUGCCACGAUACCUACAGCCAGCCGUGUUAUUCAGACAGUCGCCAGUCAAAUGGCACAGGGUGUUCCAGGACAGACAGUCACAAUCCUUCAGCAGGCAGCUCCGGUGACCAUUGGACAGCAUCAGCUCCCUGUGCGGGCAGUCACUCAGAACGGGAAACACGCCGUCCCCACCAACAGCAUCACCGGCAGUGCUUAUGCUCUUACAAAUCCAUUGCAGCUUCUCGCAGCCCAGGCCAGCUCAUCCACUCCUGUUGUAGUCAGCCGGGUAUGUGAGACAGGGACCGAAGAGACAGCAGCAGCCUCUUCCAGUGAACCUGAAGUCAAACGACCCCGGAUAGAAGAGUCUAGUGGAGCAGUCCCAGCCCAAACUGGAGUCAUCACAUCUACAACGCCACAAGGACAGGCAACCAGUGAAUGAAGAACCAGUGGGAGGAGCUGGAGUCAUGUGGGGUGGGCAUGGGAUAGCAGCAGCCCCUAAAGCAGCUUUCAGAGAAAAGAAACCACAACUGCAACAGCUCAAAACAUAGCGGAUAAAGAGCUCUUCUUAAAGUCAGAUUUUUUUAAAUGGGAGGUCAACAGCUGUUAGAAUCACAAGGUGCCAAAAAGAAUGGAAAACCCCUCCCAAGAACCCAUACCUGGAACUCUGUUCUGUCUUUACCUAUGGGGUAUUUUUUCCUUCUUUUUUUUUUUUUUUUUUUUGAAAGAUU